ACAAAUUCGAAAGAAGAUAGGAGAUCCAGGGGAAAUUUAUAUGUUAUUAGAUGGAGAAUGCAAUAGCCCUGAAUUUAGACUGCAAAAUCACGUUGAGAUGGCAGUUCUCCCUUAUUGAUUCCAACAAAAAAUCGAUUUUCAUCAAGUCUCAGUUCCCAAAACGAACCAGACAUUGCUGUUCUUGUUGCCUGUCCUCUCCCCGCCCAUCCUCGCCGCCUCCGCCGGAUGGUGGUUCUUCCAGAACCCAUACCACGCUUCUUGUUGAGACUUAUCAUCACCACCGGAGGCUCAGGGCUUUACUUGAAAAGCUGGAGAAGGAGGGCUCUUGCCCUUUGCAAAUUCUUCGACAUGACGGAGAUUGGACCAAAAAUGAUUUCUGGGCUGCCAUUAGAUUUCUCAGGCAUGCCUCCAGAUCCAAUGAAAUCCUCCAGGUUUUUCAUAUGUGGAAGAACAUAGAGAAAUCAAGAAUCAAUGAACUGAACUAUGAAAAGAUUAUAGGAUUUCUAUGCGAAGAGAGAAUGGCCGGAGCAGCUGUUGCGGCACUACUAGAAAUGGUGGAUUACGGACUGCGUCCUUCUUUAGAGAUUUACAACUCGAUAAUACAUGCUUAUGCCGGAAAUGGGAACUUCGAUGAUGCUAUGUUCUUUCUCAAAGAGAUGAAAGAAAUCGGUUUGGAACCCGAAACCGACACAUACGACGGGCUAAUCAAAGCAUAUGGGCAAUAUAAAAUGUAUGAUGAAAUCAGUACAUGCUUGAAGAUGAUGGAAUCAGAUGGAUGCCCGCCUGACCAUUUUACCUAUAACUUGCUUAUACGUGAGUUUUCACAUGGCGGGUUGCUUCAAAAGAUGGAACGAGUUCAUCGUAUAGUGAUCUCGAAACAGAUGAAUUUGCAGCCUAAUUCUUUGGUUGCAAUGGUUGAGGCAUAUGCAAACUUUGGGAUUCUGGAUAAGAUGGAGAAGGUUUAUCGAAAGGUUGCAAACUCGAUUUCUUUAAAGGAGGAUACGGUUAGGAAAUUAGCCGAAGUUUAUAUCAAGAACUUAAUGUACUCUAGAUUAGACGAUCUGGGUAUCGAUCUUUCUUCAAGAUCCGGUAGAGACGAUCUUGUAUGGUGUUUGCGCCUCCUUUCUCAUGCUUGUCUUUUGAGUCGAAAAGGGAUGGAUUCUGUCAUCCGAGAAAUGGAUGAAGCAAAAGCUUCAUGGAACGUAACGAUAGCAAAUAUAAUCUUGCUAGCUUAUUUAAAGAUGAAAGAUUUCAAGCAUUUGAGAAGUUUACUCUCUCAAUUACAGAGCCACCGUGUAAGACCUGAUAUAACCACUAUCGGGAUCUUAAUCGACGCUAUCGAGAGGGGGUUUGAUGGGUCUGAAACUUUAGAGACUUGGAGAAAGAUGGGGCUUCUUCAUAGAGCCGUAGAACUAAAGACUGACUCGCUGGUACUCGCCGCAUUCGGAAAGGGACAUUUUCUUAGGGAUUGUGAAGCGAUAUACACCUCCCUUGAACCAGAAGCCAGGGACAAGAAAAGAUGGACAUAUCACAUCCUUAUUGAUUUAGUAACUAGACACAAAGCAAAGCAGUAAUAGAGCAAGAUUGUUGGAUUAAGUCCCAGAUAAGGUAAACCGCAUCACAAUACAUUUUCUUUCGUUUUCAUCAUCUGUGUUAUGCU